AUUAUUAUUAUCUUGUUUAUUUGUUCCAUUCGUUAAUAUAUUUUCAAUAGUUAAUCAAAUAAGGUUUAUCAAAACAAAUUUAGUAUGCUACAAUAAGUGACUGUUGUUUCUUUUUUUUCCCCAGCAAUCGAUUGUGAAUAUUUGUAUAUUGAGAAUAAUCUAGUCAUCAGUGGUAAGAAGUCCCUUCUCCUCGUACACGCCGUGAAGGAAUCAGUGCGAGUUUUAAAAUGCCUAGAGAAAUCAAAGAAAUCAAGGAUUUUUUGCUCAAGGCAAGAAGGAAAGAUGCGAAAUCUGUCAAGAUAAAGAAAAACCCAGAAAAUGUGAAAUUUAAGGUUCGAUGCUCAAGGUUCCUUUAUACCCUUGUAAUUACUGACAAGGAAAAGGCAGAGAAACUUAAGCAGUCUUUACCACCAGGCCUUCAGGUCAAGGAAGUGAAGUGAUUUGAAGAAAUGAUUUUAUUUUUAUUUUUUUUGUUUUAUACAAUAAACAGUUAAUUUGGUGUCCCAUUUUCUGAUUUUAGUC